AUGUCGAGCCGUCAGCUACGAAAGCUGCAAAAGCAGCGGGAGCUCGAGCAGCUCCAGGAAGCCCAGGCCGUCGCAGACGAGUCCAGCGACGAGGAACCCGAGCCCGCGCCUGUCAAGCCCCGGCAAAGUUUGUUUGCAGCUCUCGGUGGCGGCGACGUUGACGACGACGACGGCGAUAAAGACGACGAAAAGUCUGAUGAUGCGCAAGACGAACCUGAGCCAGAGCCUGAAGCAGUGCCGCAGCCUGCGAAGAAGAAGAGCAAGAAAAAGAAGAAGAAGAAGGCGAAGAAGGCUGUGACGCAGGACGGAUCCCCCAAAUCAACCGACUGGAAGGAAGAUGAGAUCGAUCGGGCUCUUCAGGAGCUCAAUCUGGCACGCAUUGCAAGCUCUACCGCCUCAGACAAUCUAGCGCAGCGGAGCCGCGACAUCGACGACCUGUUGCAGAUCAACACCCAAUAUCUAAGAGCGAUCAACGAAAUGCGAGCGCUUUUCGGCAAGGAGGCCAUCCAAGCUGCCCAAGAUGAGGACAGGGCUGAGCAGGAGGCGGCGCGCCGACAAAGAGGUCCGAAUCAGCAAGUCGAUUUGGAGACAGCGCUUCGAGGAGACCCACGCAAGAAGCUCCCCGAGAUAUCGCUCAGACGUAACGUCUUCAUCCAAGGCAAGGAAGCCUGGCCUCGUGCUACUGCUGUUGGCCUGGUUAUGAAGGAGAUCAGGAAGGGCUCCGACGGUCUCACCGAGUUCGCCUUUGUUCACGAGCAGGCCUACGACAAUGUUCAGGUCAUGUUCUUCAGCUGCGUUCAGCUCGGCGAUCCCAUGCAGAUGGUCCAGUUACUGAUACGGUACCCUUAUCAUAUCUCAACCUUGCUCCAAGUAAGCAAGGUUGCCAUUCAGGACCAGAAUCAGUCACUGGCUGCAGACCUCUGCGAGCGAGCCCUAUUCACAUUCGGCCGGUCGACGACAUCUGCUUUUAGACAGAAACUGGAACAGGGCAAAGCUCGGAUGGACUUCCGCCGUCCCGAAAAUCGCGAACUCUGGUUGGCAGGAUAUACGUAUCUUAAGAGCUUGAUCCGUAAGGGGACGUAUAGGACGGCCCUCGAGUGGGCGAAGCUCCUCUUCAGCUUGAACCCGAACGAUCCUUACGGCAUGAAGUAUUUCAUUCACACCCUUGCAAUCCGAGCACGUCAAGCUCAGUGGCUCAUUGAUUUUCUCAAGACUGGCGAGUUCGUGGCGGACGAGACGGACGAUACCUACAUCAAGCAGACCAUGGUCCUCGCCAAGCUUCAGGUGGGUGACACUGAGGGAGCGAAGAUCGCUGCCGUGGCCGGCAUGGAGCGGCUGCCGUGGCUGUACUGCGCUCUCUUUCAGGCGCUAAAUCUGGAAGCGCCGCCUCCGCUGUGGGGAGUUCGACCUGACACCGACGAGCGCGAAUUCUGGACGAAGCUGUAUGUUCACCAGGCCAAGGACAUUUGGAACAACGCGCAAGCCGUCGAUCUGCUCAAAGCGGCCGUCAAAAUUGCGCAGAAGCCGACGAAGACGCUCCCGGAGGAUAUGCCGGCAACAACCCGUACGGCGAGAUGGACGUGGUUGGAGGACACUCCAGCUUUGUUGAGCGGCAUUCCAAGAGCGAUACUCUCCCAAGAACCGAACUACGCCUUUGAUCCGCUCCCGCCUCCGAAGGAAGAGAACAUUUUCACGAGCCAAGGAGUUCAGAUGCCGUGGCGGCAGAGCAAUGGGCCGGGUGGACAGGGCAUGCUCGCACAGGAACGAGCGCUCCUCAACAUGCUCCGCAGACAGCAGCUGCGAGCCGAGGCGCGGGGAGCUGGGGCGGGUGCGGCUGCAGGAGCCGGUGCUAUGGCAGGAAUCAUGGGUGCUUUCCCAGAAGACGACGAUGACGCUGGCGAUGGCGAGUUUGGUGACGCGUGGGAAGGUGCGUUUUCGGAUGGUGAGGACGAUGAGUUCACGGAGGGUGAUGGACGGCAGCCCCCUUCGGCCGGCGUGGUGCAGCGACUCGCCGAUUUGCUAGCGUCUAUGAUACCUGGCGGCUGGCCGGCUGAACCGACUCUUGAGGACGAGGAGGGAAGCACGGAUGAGGAACUUCCGCCUUUGGUUGAUGGCGACGAGGAUAUUGGUAGUGAUGAGGCACGUCAGCAGCCUGGUGGAAACUAG